AUGCUCCUCCGCCUUUCAGCUCCCUUGAUCGCGUACCUUACCACAUUGCUGCUUUCGGCGGAGGCAUUCACCAUAUCGAGGUACUCCAGCGAAGCCACCCGCCCCGCUUUGAACACUUUCCCGAGUAUCCCUUCAAUAGCGCUUUAUGCUACAAACAGCGAUAAUCCGGAGAAGGAUAAAGAGGCUGAGUCAACGAAGCCUUCUUCGCCGCCUCCACCGAUGGCAAACCCUGUGCCACAGCGGACGCGCAUGGAUCCACUCGUGGCGAGUCUCACGCGCUCGGACAGUGCGCCCGACCAAGAUGCACCGAUUCUGAAAGUACCCCUCCUUGGUGAAGUCACUCUGGACAAGACUCUGUUCGUGCUUCUACCUGUGGUGGCGUUUGCUGUUUUAGGAGGGCUUGCAAGCAUUUAUGUGGCCGCCAUUUCGGGUGAUGCAGUUUCCCAGGCGUGGGACGCAUAUGAAACGGCAAUCAGCUCACCUGCUGGUAGCAAGCUGGUUGACCCGAAUGUCUGUCGUGGAUUGUGUAGCGACCAGGACCGUGACCUACAAGGACUGGCCAAUUAUAUGAACAACAUUGCCGGCAAAAAGUAG